AUGGCUACCGGCGACCUGACACCUGGCGACAGCCAAAAACCCCAGGCUUCCACCGAUUUCCCCAUCCGCGUUAAGACCAACGAUGCCAUCGACAUCGUCUCAACAUACCACUCCCUCCUCGAGGACCCAGACUUGACGAAACCCGUCGCCGCCAUCGAGGCCCUCAUCUCCCUCCUCAACGCCUCAGGCACAACCACCGUCUUCGAAACCCUCGACCUCGUCAAGCGCGCCUCAAACACCCUCCACGCCUCCGUCAACAACCCCGUCCCGCUCCAGGCCGGCACCGACCUCUUCCUGCAGUACCUCGUCUCCUCGCUUAAGCAGCAAGAAGGCUCCUUCGAAGCCGUCCGCACCCACCUCCUCCGCAACGGCCGCCUCUUCGCCUCCCGCGCCAUCGCCGCCCGCGACCGCAUCGCCGACGCCGGCUGGCGCUUCGUCCGCGACGGCAAGGUCGUCCUCACCCACGGCGCCUCCCGCGCCGUCUCCAACCUGCUUUUCCGCGCUGCAGACCAGUCAGGCGACGGUGGCGUUCGCUUCAAGGUCGUCUACGUCCGCGACGAGCACCGCCCUGCCGAGUCAGACCGCGUCGUCAAGGAGCUCCGAGACAAGGGCAUUCCCGUCGCUGAGAUUGCCGAGCCCGCCGUCGCUCACGUCCUCGGCCUGCUGAGGCAGGUCCACAUGGUCUUUGUGGGCGCCGAGGCUGUCACGCAGAACGGCGGCAUCAUCUCGCGGAUGGGCACCUACCAGAUCGCCAAGCUGGCAAAGCAGGCCAGUCUGCCCUUUUACGUCGCCGCCGAGUCUCACAAGUUUGUGCGCAAGGUGCCCCUGGACCAGCGGGAUCUCGGUUUCCAGCAGCAUGUGUUGGACUUCCGGACGGAUGGUGCCAGCGAGCAGCCCGAGGAUGCCGUGGACUACACUCCCCCUGACUUCAUCUCCAACCUCGUGACAGAGAACGGCGUCAAACUGCCCAGUUAUGUGUUUGAGCAGCUUCUCGACAUCUACGGCAGCUUGAACGGUUGA